AUGGAAAAAGAGGUGCCCCACGUUGGUAGAAAUGGGUCUGGAAAGAGUAAUUUCUUCUAUGCUAUUCAGUUUGUCCUGAGUGAUGAGUUCAGCAAUUUAAGACCAGAACAGAGACAAGCCUUGCUUCAUGAGGGCACAGGACCCAGAGUUAUUUCAGCAUUUGUUGAAAUAGUCUUUGAUAAUUCAGAUAAUCGAUUACCGAUUGACAAGGAAGAAGUAACUCUUCGGCGUGUCAUUGGAUCCAAAAAAGAUCAAUAUUUUUUAGACAAAAAAAUGGUGACAAAAACAGAUGUGAUGAACCUUCUAGAAAGUGCUGGAUUUUCAAGAAGUAAUCCUUACUAUAUUGUCAAGCAAGGAAAGAUCAACCAAAUGGCAACAGCUCCUGAUUCUCAACGAUUGAAACUCCUACGUGAAGUUGCUGGAACAAGAGUGUAUGAUGAAAGAAAAUCAGAAAGUCAUCAAAUCUUAAAGGAAACUGAGGGGAAGAGAGAUAAAAUUGAAGAUUUAUUAAAAUAUAUAGAAGAAAGAUUACAGACUCUUGAAGAAGAAAAAGAAGAGUUAAAACAAUAUCAGAAAUGGGAUAAAAUGAGGAG